GUACUUAAUAUCUUGAUUAGAUAGAGUCGUGAUGCUUCAUCCAUAUGUCAAAUUGAAGGACAGUCGAUUUCUUCAAUCUCGUAGGUACCCAUGUAACUUGUAUAAGUUACGUUACUACAGCAGGCAGGUAAGAAGCUCGGCGACAAUGGCAAGGGUAUCUAUUGACUGCCUAAUACAACUUCACCAUUCGAGCCAAGCUACCACACCAUUAUGCUCACUUACAAGUUACGCUCUCUCAUCUAUCCAUUCGUGCAAGCUGUGACAUACUAAACUAAACGCGGGGAAAUAAUACAAGAAACUUCUACUCAUAAUAGACGGCUAACAGUAACAUCAUCAACAAUGUCAUCACCAUCAUCCGUCACAACAUCGAUUCCUACUGGCGCUAUCUCACAAUGGUGCCUAUACCCCAGAAACUCCCGUGCAGCCCUAUUCGGUCUCAGAUGCCCUCGACCCUAUGAAAAAGGCACUUCCAUCUCUCCCACCGACUUCCAGGGUAUAUGCUGCAACGGCGUCAUCGUCGACACCUCCUUCGACAUAUACAGCAACUCCUCGCCCAUCGUCCCCUACUCCAACCCACACGACGGGCCGCCCCGCCCCGUUAACUUAGAGGACCUGGUCUGCUGCGGCGUCACCGGCGUUCAGACCGCUGCUAUAGAUUUUACGCCUAGCCCUAGGACUGCUUGCGCCCCGGGCACCACUGGCACGCCGCUGGCCAGCUUAGCCGCGACGAAUGUCACUCGAGCUACGCAGUAUCCCGUCACGUAUGCGGAUAGCACUCCUCCGUCGAGCAGCGUUGAUCCGUCGGCCACCGUGACGAAUGAUCUCUGGGGCUGGGCGAGCCCGACGUACGGCGCGUCGGGAAUGCCCAUAUGCUUUCUGGCUAACACGAAGGCAAGCGGUGUUAGCGUGGCUGAGGUGACGGUGCCGGCAACAUAUGUUGCUCCGACUACUUCGGCUACAGGCUCGGACUCGGCUGCAGAGCCCACCUCGUCGCCUUCGGGUGCUGGAUCUUGGGCUCAGCCGAAGACUCGCUUAUGUCUUACAGUAGGGCUCGUGGCUAUGAGCCUACUUAUAAUGUAGGAAACGGCUCGACUAGUCUUUAUUCUUGUAUGAUUGGAUGAGUUCAAAAUGAUGAAAAUGAUGCUUGGCAUAUUUAGUACAUACGAUAUCUUAAUAAAAAUGUACAAUUGUUAAUUA